AUGGCUGAGAAACAGAGUUUACCAGUGGUCCUCUCUAUGGGUGCUUAUCCAUUCACCUUUCUCGAGUGGUUGAGUAUCAUAGCAAUCAUGCUCCUUUGUGCACCUAUCAUUUUGACUGGUAUGGCGCUAUGCUGGGUGGUUCAGAAGCUUCAGGGCCCGAUUUUCAAUAUGGGCUAUCCUUAUAACCUCAAGCCAGUGAGAGCUUCUCGCGAGGAGUAUGCUGUUGUUACUGGUGCAUCCAAGGGUAUGGGCCGUCAGUUUGCCAUGAAGUUGGCGAAAGCAGGGUGGAGUCUUGUGAUUGCCGCUCGUAACGAGAAGUUGUUAAACGAGUUGAAAGAUACUUUGGUGAAGACUUACGGUCCGAGUUGCAAGGUUGCCGUUGUUCCGUGCGAUUUGUCCU